UUUAUAGUGAUGAUAGUCAACAUUCACAUCUAAAUUGAUCGUGAAAAUGUCUCUCCGUGUAAAUCAGUGUUGGAUCGUAUUUUUAUUUCUCAACCUGGAUUACGCAACAAGCAGACAACUAGAUAUAAUCAUGGGCCUUGAUGCGUCAAAAAACACCGAUGAACAUGGAUUCAAUUUUCAGCGAGAGUUUUUCAGAAAUUUAACAGAGGAAAUUUACAUCUAUAAUGAAACAGAUAUACGAGUUGGAGUUUUUGCAUACGAUGAUACAAUUAAAUUAUAUCCACAGACCAUGCUUUGGCCAAAACAGACCACUUUAAAAACGAAAGUCAUAGAGGCCAUCGAUACAUUGAACUACACAAACGAGAAUGACAAUCCGUACUUAGAUCAUGCUCUCCGCUUCGCAUUGGCGAGUUUUGAUGACGACAUAGCAGAAAACAAAGCAAGAGAGUGUAGCGAGAAGGUUUUGAUGAUGGUGGUUACAGACGAGGUCCAGAAGUGGAGUAAUGGGCGCAAAGGUCUUGCCAGAUUACAGGAAAUAGGGGUUAAAUUGUUCUUUGUUCUCGUUGGAAACAAACUCUUAGAAAUGAUUGAACCAGGUGAAAAUUUAAUCGUUCCCACCUUCGACGAAUUGAACUCCAUAAACAACUUGGGAAAUACUACAUAUUUCCUUAGAACAAUGCUCGCUGAAGGGAUAGGUUCAUGCUGUUCUUCAACAGUUCCUGGAGGUCAUUUGGUAUAUCCAUCAUGUGCAGUCCGUAUGGGGAACAAAUGUAAAGUCUCGUGUGAUCGCCAGCUAAAUUCCCCACGUGUUGUUUUAGCAACGUGCGAGACCAAUGGUGUCUGGAGCAAUGGCGGAGAAAAAGUUUGUGGAGGGUUUGAACUUCAUGUAUUGUCUCUUGCAAUUGGAGGGAUCUCCGUGCUGGUUGUUGCUUGUAUUGGGAUUCUGAUAUUUCUGUACAGAAAGAGAAGGAAAGCAUCUAAAGAGGUCACUGAACCCGUGGUCAUACAGUCAUCGACUCAACGCUCUGUACGGAACCAGUACUCUAACGCAACAUCCAAGUCCUCAAUAAAAUCCCUGGGAAACGAGGAAUCAGAUGUUAAUGAAGAGGAAGAGGAGGUGAGUAUGGUAUAUGACUAUGCGCAGGAGGAGAGCAUGGUUGCUUUGUCGAAACGUCCAGUGAAGAAAGCAAUGCAGGAACCAAAACUAAACCAUGAAACGGAGUUCCUCCAUGAAACGGCAAACGGAAUACAUUUCAACUCGUCAUACGCCGCAGAUGAGGAGAUUUAUACGAAUACAGAAAUUAACAACUGCCAUGUACUGAACAUGACCAUCACAUCGAAUUGUCCGCCACCUUGCGUAGGGAACGGCAAUACCGGAUAUAUGGACUACGAUACGGAUGAUAUUUACGUGAAUGACGGGGAUGAGUACGACCAAGAGAUAUAUGCUAAUACCGUAUAUUGAAAUUUGUCAAACGAAAUUCCUUCGUAGACCAUGAUAGGUUUUAAGUUUCGUUCCGAUCCAGUGUGUAGGAAAGAAGCCACACUGUCUGUAUAAAGACACGUUUUACAUACUAGGUCGUCAGAUUUUAAACUUCUAGGUAAAAUCUUGUUAGUGAACAGUACCUGAUAUGAAACAUUGGGUGUUCACGUUUGGAUAAUCAUAUAUACCAUGUGUAUUUGACAGCGGCGUACUAGUAUUUUCCAAAAACCAGAAGGGUCUGUCAUAUUUUGUAUGUCUAGGUUUCACGUGGCCAGGAUUGCUGUGACCUAUAUUGGGAGACAAGUGUGUGGCUUACAACUAUACAGAAUCACAGAUACUUGUGGGCAGGACUACCGAUACCCCCUCUCGUUGCAGUUUUAAAAGUUCAACACAUUGGGUAUUUAACUACCCCCCCCCCCCCCCCCCCCCAAUUAUUCAACUUAAGAGUACGUGUUUAUAUUUCAAUGAAAUAAACAAAUCACACAUAUACAGCUUUUAGCCAUCUAAGUAAACUCAGGUGACUUAUUGCAAUUAGUCAGUCGUCGUCCGCUGUCCGUCGUUAACAAAUGAACAUUUUUUUUACUUCUUAAUGCCUACCAUUCCAAUUCUUUUCAAAUUUUGUUUGAAGGAUUUUUUGGGACAAAGGGCCAUGCAUUGUAAAGUUCAGGACUCCUGCACCGAGCCUUAGGAGCGGGACAAAAAACUGCCAAAAAUUACUAAUUUGACCCAUUUAAAAAUAUCUUCUCAACCACACUUCUGUAAGAAAAACUAUUAUGUAUAGUGAUAUAGAGCAGGAAGGCCUCCACCAAAAUUAUAAAUUUCAUGAUCCCUGGGGUAGAGAUUCUGACUCCAGGGCGGGGCCAAGCUUGAAACAUGUAUAUAGCGUCCGUGUUUAAAACAAUUAAAAACAUCUUUUUAAUGCUAUCGAUAAUAAAUUGAAACUCGGUGGAUAUUUAGAGCGUGGAGGUACAUGUAGUCCUUUACCAAAAUUGUAAAUUUCAUAAUCCCGGGAGUAGGGUUUUAGUAUCAGGGUGGGGCCAAAUGGUCAGUGAUUAAAUUGUUAACAAUUGAACAUUUGCAACUUUUUGAUAACUAUCAUUUUAUUCUUUUUCAAAUUUACUAUGAAGCAUCUCUGGGACAAAUUUGACAAAAGUUGUAAAAUCCAGGGUUUCUCCACACAUAGGGCCUUAAGUCUAAGCAAGGGUAAAAACCGCCACUCAUUGACCAAUAUUCAAAAUUCUUCUCUACAAUUGCACUUAAGUGCAUAGUGAUGUAGAGCAGGAAGGCCUCUACCAUGAUAGUAAAUUUCCCGAUCCCGGUGUAGAAGUUCUUAUUCCAGGGCGUGGCCAAUCUUGGUAUAUGUAUAUAUAGUGUAAAUGUACUUUUAAAACAUUUACACAAUAUCUUCUUCAAUUCUAUUGAUACUAAAUUGCAAUUAAAUAGGUACAUUGUAUUGAGAAAGAAUAGGUAGUCCUUUACCAAAAUUGUAAAUUUCAUGAUCUCAGGAAUAAGGGUUUUGGUUCUAACGUGGGGUCAAACUUAUAGUGAUUAUUGUCUUUAUCAUUUGAAAGACUUCUUUAAGUUUGCUGAUAUGGUAUAAAUAAAAUUAAAUGUAUAUCUAGGAAAAGCAGAAAAGGAUCUUCUAAAUUUGUGAAUUUUGCAACCCCUGGGGUUUGUAGGACAGGUCCAAAUGAGUUAUUGUGUUAAUGUUAAAUACAUGUAUAUUAUUUAAUGUAAAGUCUUUAAUCCUUAUAGGCACUUUCUGGGGCAUUUAAGUUUUAAGAACACAUCUUGUUUUAUACUUUCGCUGAAUAUUAGAAUUUAGCUUAGAUAGGCAGAACAUGCAAUUUUUUUUUCUAGAUUUCAUAGCCCUUGGGGCUAGUGAUACAUUUAACUAAUACGGGUGAUCGAUAAAGCAUGCGUGCCGCUUGUUAUCAAAGUCAUAUAAUUGACCAUAAUAGAUAUAUUUUGAUCAGUGAUAUGAUAUUCACAAAAAUGAUUUCUAUGUAAGAUUUGUUUAUUUCAUUGAAAUGAAAAACAACCUGAAGUUCAAUAUUUCACGAAAAAUACACGCUAAAUACACAAGGCAUUGAUAUAUACAAGAAGGAAUACCGGAAGUCAUGUCCACAAAUACCUGUGUAUAGAUGUAUAUAUCUUAAAGCAACACAAGCUGUAACUGACGGCAUUUUUUCAUCUGUUCAAUCAUGCAUCAAUUAACUCUUAUCGGUAUAACUAAUUUAAUUCCCAAGAUCUGAGGACAAAUUCAGCAAAAUAAACAAGGGAAUAUUGUUUGAAAAUAUUACAUUGUUUCAUGAAUGACAAGAAGUACUAUAAGUGUUAAAAAAAUUAUAAUUACGCAAAUGUGCCACUGAAAUUAAAUUUUGAUAGUGAAAUUUCUAUAAAUUUUGAUGUUAGGUUGUUUACAAAUCGGACACGUGCUCAGUGCCUCUCUUUCGCUUUUUUCCGAACUGGUGACCUCUGAGGUCAAUGCACAUCGGAGAUUACGAACAACAAUUACGGAUAGGAUGACAUUGAUUCAUGGAUCGACAUUUUCUGCCGGUUUGACGGGUGUAUUGCUUCAGAUUUACUCGAAUUUUAUUAUGUUAUAUAUAUUCAAUCACAAGUACAUGUAUAUUAUUUUUUUUAAUUAUUCAAUUUAUUUACCGUCAGUUACAUUUUGUAUUGCUUUAAUUGCAUUUACUUUUUACGAGUUGCUAGUUCCUCGGGAUUCACGGGCAAAAUAAUCUCCGUUUGGCCUUUGCCCUUUCAAUCUUUGUUUUGCUAUUGAGUGUCAUACACACCACACUGACUAAAUCGUCUUCCAUAUUUAUAUCAAUUUUAUUUAUCUAUCUAUCUAUUUAUCUAUCGUGUGUGUGUGUGUGUGUUAGUGUGUGUACAAUUGCAUAUAACGUUCUAUUAUUUAUCAGAUUUUGUAGUUUAGUUUCAGUGCAUUCUUAUAUGAUUUAGUUUUCAUUUCCUUGUACAUGUAUAUAUUCUUUCGUCCUGAAGAAGGGAUUUGACAUUCAUAUUGUUCGUGUCGUUGGUCAGUUUUAGUCAUAUAUAUAUAUAUAUAUAUAAAGAGAGAGAGAGAGAGAGAGAGAGAGAGAGAGAGAGAGAGAGAGUGCGUGUGUGCAUUGGAGUGUGGAUAUGUAAUGUUAUACUUUGGUAUUUGAAGAACACGACACAGUCAGCAACCAGUGAAAUGCAGAUAUUGUUAUUAUUAAAACCUCAUCUGGACUAAAGUUUACUUUGGUUUACUUUGCAUGACCCCGAAAUGAGGUGAGUCAAUGUUUGUACAUGUGAACUUUAGCCCGACCGUUGAUCAAUACAUAGAUAAAUACGAACACGACUGUUCAAACCAAUGUACAUUGCAUGUAUUAUUUUCUAUGUAUAGUUAUAAUUUCAUACUAGUACAUGAGUAAACAAGAUUGUCAUUAUCACGUAUGCAUCAUAAAUGUUGUACAUUCUUAUUUUCUUUUGUUAAAAGCAUGAAAUAAAACUUGGAAAAAUA